AUACUUCCUCGGACAUAUGUGGGCGUGGUCCUAGCUUCCUGUUUUGAAGGCGAACGACAGCCCACACGGACACACCCUCUGUCCGUUACUUUAAGCCAACACUUCUUUUCCUGUGUGUUUCGGGGACUUGAGUUGUGAGGAGCGGAGGAGUCAUGCCUUACCUGCACGGCUUCCGUAGGAUCAUUUAUGAGUACCAGCCGCUGGUGGACGCUGUGAUGUGUGUCGUGGGACUGGAGGAAGGAGAUCGUGGCGGCGACGAGGACAGAGUGACGUGUCCCGAGGACGGGUCUGGUGUGUGUGGUUCACUGGUGGAGCUUCUGGAGCGAGAGUCCCAGUCACAAGUGUUUGUAGAAGGCAUCAGCUACGCGCUGUUCAAAGUGGCAGAGAGGGGACUGUUGUACGCAGCACAAAUCCUUAUGGGCUAUGGGGCUCAUCUAAACUUUGAAGACCCAGUGUCAUACUACAAUCCACUACAUAUAGCAGUUCAGCGGAACAGGCCAAACAUGGUGAGGCUGCUGGUCGGACACGGAGCAGACUAUGAAAAGAGGGACAGGAUCCAUGAGAGCAGUCCCUUGGAUCUCGCCAGUGAGGAGUCAGAGAGACUGCCCUGCCUGCGCACUCUGCUGGACCUAGGCGCUGAUGUAAAUGCAAGCGAUAAAAAUGGAAAGACACCUCUGCUCCAUGCCUUGGCAAGCAGCGAUGGACUCGCAGUGCACAACACAGAGAACAUCCAGCUUCUUCUGCAGAGAGGUGCAGAUGUGAAUGCCGCUACUGUGGACGGCGAAACGAUCCAGUCCUCAAUGGUGUUUUUGGUGAAGGAAGCCCUGGAGGCCAGCGCGGACGACGCUGCUGAGAUCGGUAAAUUCUGCUUGAAAACCGUACGGCUGUUGCUGGCUCACGGCGUGGACCCCAGCUGCUGCAUGAAUGAGGAUGGCGAGCCCUCCCUGACGCAGACGAGCCUGCAGCACUUUGACCAUCUCUUCCCUCUGGCUGUGCUCUUACUCCAGAGCGGAGCCUCGUUGGUUUGCUCCGAUCACGGCGACUCCUGUUGGUCGGGUUACAGCCUCCUUUUCCAUCGGCUUCAGAAAGCCCUGCAGCAGUGCUCUGAUCAAAGUCACACCGCCGAGCUCCUGGAGCAAGCUGAGGUGCUGCUCGACUUAGCGAGGGUGAACGCCCCUGCGCUACGUCUGCCUCUCAGGUUGGAGCCCCCCGUGCCUGGUCAGGACCCUCAUCCUUGUGCUCAGGCUCUGGUGGACCUGCACAGCCGGGUAGUAGAGCGUGAAGCAAGCCCUCCUGCUUUGCGAUGCCUUUGCAGGGCAUUCAUAAGGACACACCUACAGCCCUGGCCACUGGAAGGCAGAAUCAAAGCCUUGCCGUUACCAGACAGACUGAUAGACUUUCUUCUGCCUGAGCAGACAUACACACCGAAGCCUGGCUGGGACCUCUUUAGGCCCCAACAGAGCCGACGCUGACUAUACGAGCUCCUGGCUACUUUCUGCUCUACCUAAAAUCUGAGAUGAAAAAUGGAACAUGCCUGAAAUAAUUUGUGUAUAACACCGGGCACAUGUCCAUAAAUUAUGCGGAAGCCAACGAACCACUGAGGCCUCUGUUGAAUUGUCAUUGUGUGUCGUUUGUGCCAAAUUUACAGGCGAACUGUGUGUUUGUUUACUUUAACAUGCAAAGUUGCGUAUGUACAAAUUAGUGUUUGAGCUGAAACUAAAUUGUCACUGCUGAACAGGCGAUUCAACCAAAUAAAUAUGGUAAUAAAGUUGAAAUACAAAAUAAAAAACCACCA